ACGAACGUAGCCAAAAUGACACCUGGGAGCAUGUGUUCAUUCCUUCUGGCGCUUCUGGCCGUAGCGUCCCUACAGUCUGACGGUACACGCGCCGCAUUCGUCAAACGGCACGUUGUGCGAGGCGCUGCUCUGUCGCCGGAGGACUACUUCGCCAGCCUCGUAGACCAGUUCGACGACACCGUCCGCAGCUUGGGCUUCUACAACCUGCCCAUCCACGACUUCAUCAAAGAGCUUGACGAGACGGUAUACGAUAUAAAAUUGGAAGGACAGUGUGCCUACAGCUUCGGAUAUGUGACGAAUAUGGAUCCAUUCCUGGUUGGCAAAACUUCUUGGGGGGACUCAGUCACCUAUUUUGACGGAUACCUGCAAGGUUACGUCGAUCUGCCCAACAUCGAAGUCAUCUACGACUUCCAGGCGACGCUCACCGUCGGAGACGUCUCAGGCACCGCCACCCACGGAUACCCUAACAGCCGCAUCGAAGUGACUGUGCAACGCAACACCACAGUGGAGGGAUCUACACCGAAAGCAUCAGCUGCGGCGUCGUCCACGUCAUCAGCGAACUAUACCGUUUAUGUUCCUGACACCAACGUAACAAGGGCUCUUGCCAGGGUGGCUCGUUUCGAGACUGGCUACAUCUUCUGGGACGACGUAGUGACCUGGUGCAAUGAUGUGUUCCCAUCUAUCCUGCAACAGAUAGUCGACUCGAUGGAGUUCCCACUUUAG